AUAUAUCGUCAAACCAUUGAAAGCUGGACUUUAUUCUCUCACUUUCAUAAUCAUGAAAAGAAAAAAAAAGUUACUGAUGAGGACUACGAACACUUUGCAUAAUAUAGAUAUCUUUUGCAUAAUAUAGGAUUGUUAAAAUCCUAACAUGACUUUAUUGGUCUCCUGUCUGCAACCAGUUAAUGCUGGGUUGGGCCAGGGUUCCCCUCUUUCCCGUCACUUAUCCAUUCUUUUCAUAGCCUCACCUAAUAACAUGACUUGAAGUAACAGUUUACGGUAACUCUCAAAUUUAUAUAUCCAUUCUCGAACCCUCUGCCAAUGUUGAAUCAUAGGUUGAGUAGAUGGCACUACGCUUUGAGGUCUCACUGACGUUUCAAACUGAUCAUGCUUGAAAUGGGAGUACUGGGCUUCCCUGCAAGCCUGCUCCACUAGCAGCCUCCCCACCUCAGGGUAUGGGAAGUCCACACGUGGCGAACGCGAAGCCUAUUACAUCACCCGGAAGUCCCUGCAUCCUUUGAAGGCUGGGCCCGGCCAAAGGAGGCCCAAUAGAGGGCGGUCUGUCCUUUCCCAGCAGGCCGGGCACACUGUCAGGCGUCCUCCUUUGGGUGGCUAUUUUAACUGCUCAUUUAUCCUUUUCUUCUAUGAAAAGAUCCAGAAAAGAGGCAAAGCGAGCGAGAAGUCGCGGGCCCAGCCCCACAGCAGGGUAAGCACCUUUGUUCGGGGUCUGAAUCGGGGCGACUAUCCCCGCCUCCUGACCUCGAUUUUCCUGAGCUUGAAGGGACCUUUCGACCCUCCGACGUGUGCCUAUACUAAAGCGGCGGCCCUAAGACGACGCGGGGGUUCUGGUGCGCACUUACGUGGAGUCGGAUGCGCUGGGAGUCUGUGACCUUCGAGGACGUGGCUGUGACAUUUACCCAGGAGGAGUGGGGGCAGUUGGACGUGACCCAGAGGGCCUUGUACGUGGAGGUGAUGCUGGAGACCUGUGGGCUUCUGGUCGCACUGGGUGACAGCACAAAACCUGAGACUGUAGAGCCUAUCCCUUCUCACCUGGCCUUGCCUGAGGAAGUCUCACUCCAGGAACAGCUGGCACAGGGAGUCCCAGGAUACUCCUAUUUUGGGCAGGCCAUGGAUCAGGAUGGGCCAUCUGAAAUGCAGGAAUACUUUUUGAGACCAGGGACAGACCCACAGAGUGAGAAUCUCCAUGGGAAAAUGAGCCUUGAAAAUGAAGGUUUGGCGACAGCUGAUGGUAUAUGUUCAAUGAUGAUACAGAACCAAGUCUCACCAGAAGAUGCUCUUUAUGGAUUUGACUCAUAUGGACCAGUUACAGAUUCCUUGAUUCACGAAGGGGAAAAUUCCUAUAAAUUCGAGGAAAUGUUUAAUGAGAAUUGCUUCCUUGUUCAGCAUGAGCAGAUUCUCCCUCGUGUGAAGCCCUAUGAUUGCCCAGAAUGUGGGAAAGCCUUCGGCAAGAGCAAACACCUCCUUCAGCAUCACAUCAUCCAUACUGGGGAGAAGCCCUAUAAAUGCAUGGAGUGUGGGAAAGACUUCAACCGCAGGUCACACCUCACACGGCACCAGCGGACUCACAAUGGAGAUAAGCCCUUUGUGUGCAGCGAAUGUGGAAGGACCUUCAACCGCGGGUCACACCUUACACGGCACCAGCGGGUUCACAGUGGAGAGAAGCCUUUUGUGUGCAAUGAAUGUGGAAAGGCCUUUACCUACCGCUCCAAUUACGUUUUGCAUAACAAGAGCCACAAUGAGAAAAAACCCUUCGCAUGCAGCGAAUGUGGAAAAGGCUUUUAUGAGAGUACAGCCCUCAUUCAACACUUCUUUAUCCAUACUGGGGAGAGGCCCUUUAAGUGCCUUGAGUGUGGGAAGGCCUUCAACUGCAGGUCACACCUCAAGCAGCAUGAGCGGAUUCACACUGGUGAGAAGCCCUUUGUGUGCAGUCAGUGUGGAAAGGCCUUCACUCACUACUCCACCUAUGUCUUGCAUGAAAGAGCCCACACUGGAGAAAAGCCUUUUGAGUGCAAAGAAUGUGGGAAAGCCUUUAGCAUUCGAAAAGACCUCAUUCGACACUUCAACAUCCACACUGGAGAGAAGCCCUAUGAAUGUUUACAGUGUGGAAAGGCUUUUACCCGCAUGUCAGGGCUGACAAGGCACCAGUGGAUUCAUACUGGAGAGAAGCCCUACGUAUGCAUCCAAUGUGGGAAAGCCUUUUGUCGGACCACAAACCUCAUUCGACACUUCAGCAUCCACACUGGAGAGAAACCCUAUGAGUGCGUGGAGUGCGGGAAGGCCUUCAACCGCAGGUCACCCCUCACAAGGCACCAGCGGAUUCACACCGCAGAAAAGUCCCAUGAACGCAUCCAGAGUGGGAACGUUUCUUGCGAGAGCACAGAUCUUGUUCAACACUCCAUCAUCCAGACUGAGAGUAGCCCAGUGAGUGCAGUGAAUACGGAAACGCCUUCAAUUGCCGCUCAUUCCUCCUCACUCGACAUCAACGGAUUCAUCCUGGGAGAAACCCUACCAUUGUAACAGAUGUGGGAAGACCUUUUACACACUUCAGUCAACAUCCACGAAUUCCUGUUAGGGAAAGAGUUUUUGAAUAUCACCACUUGAAGAAAAUCUGUGGUGAGAGGAAACUUCGUACCGUCUGGUCAUUCAUACUGAAGAGAAGCUUCAUAAGCAUCAUCUCUGUGUGAAAACCUGUUUUAGAUAAUCAUUUGUCAUCUAAACAAUUAUGUUAGAAAUUGACACAGCCAAGAGUCUUAUUCUACAUCUGAUAAUUCGCCCAUGAGAGAGACCCAGUGGUUAUUGUGCACUUAGGAAAACCUUCAGCCACAUCUUUCUUGUUAGUUUACAGUGAAAUGUUAUCUCAGGGACAUUCAAGCAAAGGAGGAGGAGUAAUAGGGAAGAGAAAGAAAUGGAAGCACAGCUUCUUUCAGACUUCCCUGACAAGCCCAUGGCAAUUUGUCAUCUCCUCGUUAUUUUAUUUGGGAGAGGAAAAUGUUUCAGAAACAAAAGAGCCUCAUCCCCUUUAUUUUCCCUGUGUAUACAUUCACUGCUGUCCAGUGCUGUAGACAAAUGGUUUGUUUGAAAACAUUUUGUGAAAGCCUACUUUGUUCCACAGCAUUGUCUCCACUCUUGAGGAGCAGAAGCAUAUAUCUUUAUGAGAAAGAUGGAGGCUUGAGUUAUGAAAUACUUUGACAUUUAAGGAGAUAAGGAUGUACAUAUGAAUGGGCACAUUUUACUGCACACUUCAAACGCUUUGAUUUUUUUAAAAAAUUGUUUCUUCAGGUGUCUUUAACCACCCGGUACACAUACUUUUUUCUUGAUCUGGAUCUACUUGUUAAUUUGUUUUUCUUUAUUUUUCUGCGGGAUGGAGAUGAUAUUGUAGCUGUUUGUACAUAAUGUAAUCCAGGGAGUCCUAGUUCUUCCCUCUGAUUGUGGUUUCUCAGCUUCUUUACUCCUCUUUAGAGAGAGUAAAUAGUUAAAAGUUCACCUCAGCAAUUUUCUAGAGGACAUUUUGGAACCAAAAAUGAAAUAAGACAUGUAGCUAAAUUAAAGGAUUAUGAUAAACUCAGAAAAUAAACACAAAGAAGGAAUCUCAUUUUUCAGUCUUACAGAAGAUUGUGUGUAGGCUGACUAUAAAGUGACUGGAAUUUUAACAGGUGAACCUGCAUGUGUAUAUGCAGGUAGUUGUCACUACGGAUUUAGUCCAGUCAUAGUAAUUAAUAUGUUUAAUCAGAAUAUUUUGGAAUUUCUCUUUUGGUAUUCUUUUUGUUUCUUUUAUUGUUUUUAAUUGACACAUAAUGUUUAUGGGGUUCGGUGUGAUAUUUCAAUAUAUGUGUGCUAAGAGUAAUGAUCA